GAAUGGAAAGCUCAUCGUGAAACCAUACGCAAGGAAUUCCCAGGAGGAUGGUCACCGCCCCGCAAACUCUCCCGCGAGGCCAUGGAUGGCCUCCGUCAGCUACACCACCAUGAUCCCGAGAAGUUUACAACACCCUUGUUAGCGGAGAAAUUUAGGAUCAGUCCAGAAGCUGUGAGGAGGAUUUUGAAAAGUAAAUGGGAGCCGUCGAGGGAGAAG